UCAUGACCUAUGAACCUACAGUUGUCAAUUCAGCAAAAUAAUUAUCUACCUGAACCUUGAAUCCAAAUAUGCUAAGUCAGCAUAAAAUCAAUGCCAUGCUGACUGAAAUAUCUUCCUUUCUCAACCGAUCCAGUGACAGAGACCUACUGGGUCGCAGUGUCGUGAUAACAGACAGUGGCGGAGCUGAUGGAGGGUUCCUAGUACACCACUUUAUUGCACAGGCCCUGAGAGAUGGCCAUAUCACCAUCCUAGUGUCCUGUGCUCAGUCCUACACACACUACAACUCAGUGGGUACAAAGCUUGGGGUCAGUUUCUCUCGACACGAGGAGCAAGGUCAUCUCGUGUUUAUCGACUGUCUCACUAAAUUAACAACUCAACAACAAAAUGGCCCCACAGAUGAGGAGGUCAAAGGUCAAACAAGACACACCUUCUCUUUGGACAGUGCAUUUUCUUUGAGGGGUCUUUAUAAACUGCUCCAUCAGUGUUUACUGGACGUGAGGCGUGUGAAACCUGACAAACCAGUUUGUCUGGUUCUUGAUGACCUGAGUGUGCUUGUGAGUGUGGGUGUGAGGCUGGUGGAGGUGGUGGGCCUCGUACACUACUGUCAACACAUGGUCACCUCUACUGCACAUACUGCACUCGGAGGUGGUUAUAUGGUGACCAUGGUCCACUGUGAGGGUGGCGGUGGUUGUGAUGAGGAGACCCUGGGUCAUCACCUCGCUCACAAAGCACACCUCUCACUCCAUGUGGAGGGUCUGCCCUCAGGCUAUUCCAGGGAUGUACAUGGACAGGUGAGGGCAGUCUGGAGGGACAGUCUGCCAGUGCUGAGGAGAGAGGCACAAUUCAAGCUGACUGAUAGAACUGCACACCUGUUUGCUAAGGGAACUUCUAGUGCAGUGUUGUAACAAUCAUUUGCGUAUUAUUUGAUGCCGUAUUAUUUUAAUUUGUGUACGUUGAUCAAUCAAAUCACAUGAUCAUGUCUGCUACCAUAAUGAUGAACAAACUAUC